AUGGUUCAACCACAAUGCGUUGUCUGUGGAGAAAUUUUAGCCAAUGAAAGUUUAAAAUCCUCCAAAUUAAAAAGGCAUCUUGAUACCAAACACCCAAAUGUAAAAAACAAACCUAUCGAAUAUUUUAAACGCUUAAAUGACCAGUUUAAAAGUAGUACAAAUGCAAUGAAGAUGUAUUGCCACAAUACAGUUUCUGCUGUGAAGGCUUCAUAUUUAUUAGCAUAUAAGAUUGCUAAAAAUAAUAAACCUCAUACUAUUGGUGAAAAUCUUAUUCUGCCCGCUGCAAUAAAUAGGUGUACAGAAAUAUUAGGACAAGAAGCGGCAAAUAAAUUAAAAACAAUACCAGCUUCAAAUAAUACUGUUCAGAGACGCAUUGUUGAUAUAAGCGAAAAUAUAAAACAACAAUUAUUAACCAUAUUAAGCUCAAAAUCCAUAUUUCCAUUUUUUAUUCAAUUAGAUGAAAGUACAAACGUUCAAAAUAAAGCUAUAUUAUCUGUAUUUAUAAGGUAUUAUUAUAACAAGAAUAUUCACGGAGAUUUUUUGUACUGCAAUAGCUUGAGCACAACGACAACCGGUGCAGAUAUUUAUAGCUCUUUAGACAAUUUUUUUUUGGAAAACAGUAUUCAAUGGACAAACUGUGUAGGUGUAACUACUGAUGGUUCGGCAUCGAUGACGGGUAAACAUGUUGGUGUGGUACGACGUAUAAAAGAAGUAGCCCCAGAUGCCGAAUGGACUCAUUGUAUGCUUCACAGAGAGGCAUUUGUGUCAAAAAAAAUGUCAACUGAAUUAAAUAAAGUUCUUAGUGAAUCUGUUAAAAUUAUUAAUUUUAUUAAAUCUGGAGCAUUAAAUAGUAGACUGUUUUACAAACUCUGUGAAGAAAAUGAACAAAACGUUAAAUCACUUUUACUUCAUUCAGAAGUACGUUAG